CUUACGUUACAUGAACACGCCGGACUUUGACGGGGCCUCGAGAAGCAGUAUUGUAAUGUAGCGACACGACACCGGAAGCAUCUUAGCGUUCCCAGCUGAGCUUUCGUUACUAAGUAGGCUAGGACGCUUAAGAGAAAAGUAGUUCUGAGUUACCGUGAGGUGGGAGCACAUCUGGACUCCAGACAGGUAAUCCCAACAGCGGCCCACGUAGACAUAAGAGGAACCACUGCUAAGUGCAUGAUCGCCUGUGCCUUGACAUCUGACCCUAAAGUCAAAAAAGUUAAUCAACUAACGAAGAUGCACUGGAGGAUAGCUGUCGCGCUGCAUUGUAUGUUUUUCCUAAAUUGUCUGCUUAUUACUUCAGAAGGAGUUCCUAUAGACAUCGAUAAGACAAAAAUAGAACCACAUGCAGAAGAAGAAAAACCUGAAACUCAAGACACUGGAUUGUAUUAUGACCAUUACCUCAGGGAAGUAAUUGAUCUGCUUGAAACAGACAGUCACUUUAGAGAAAAGCUUCAGAAUGCAGAUAUAGAGGAAAUCAAGAAUGGAAAACUAAACAAAGAGCUUGAUUUCGUAAGUCAUCAUGUUCGAACAAAAUUAGAUGAACUAAAGAGGCAGGAAGUGGCACGGUUACGGAUGUUGAUUAAGGCAAAAAUGGAUGCUGAUCAAGAUAUAGGUAUUGAUCAUCAGGCUCUGCUUAAACGAUUUGAACAUGUGAACCACCAAAAUCCACACACAUUUGAGUCUAAAGAUCUAGACCUGCUUAUCAAAACUGCAACACGUGAUUUAGAAAACUAUGACAAAGAACACCAUGAUGAGUUUAAGCGGUAUGAGAUGAUGAAAGAACAUGAAAGAAGAGAGCAUCUAAAAACACUCGAUGAAGAAAAACGAAAAGAAGAAGAAGCCCGGUAUGAAGAAAUGAAAAAAAAGCAUGAAGAUCACCCAAAAGUGAAUCAUCCAGGAAGCCAAGACCAACUAAAAGAAGUCUGGGAAGAAACAGAUGGACUGGAUCCCAGUGACUUUAAUCCUAAGACUUUCUUCCAGCUACAUGAUACGAAUGGUGAUAGUUUCCUAGAUGAGCAAGAGUUGGAGGCUCUGUUCACCAAAGAGCUAGAGAAAGUCUAUGACCCCAAAAAUGAGGAAGAUGACAUGAUUGAAAUGGAAGAGGAGCGCCUGCGAAUGAGAGAACACGUAAUGAAUGAGGUGGAUGUGAAUAAAGACAGACUGAUAACAAUGGAGGAGUUCCUGACAGCUACUGAGAAGAAAGAAUUUUUGGAGCCUGAUAGUUGGGAGACACUGGACCAACAACAGUUGUUCACGGAGGAGGAGCUGAAGGAAUAUGAACGCCAUAUUGCUGAGCAAGAAGCUGAGCUGAAGCAGAGGGAGAAUGACCUUCAUCAGCAGAGGGAAGAACUGCAAAAACAACAGGAAGAGCUGCAGGCCCAAAAAACUGAACUUAAGCAGGUAGUGGAGCAGAUGGAAAUGAAGAAAACACAGCAGGUUCUGCCUCCAGGAGGGCCUAAUGGAGAACUUCAGUUUCAUCCACCUGGAGAGCAGUCUGUGGUAAAUGCAGAGCUUCACCAUCAAGAAGAUAAUCCAGCAUUGAAACCAGUGCAGGAACUACAGAAAGACUUACCAAAAGGUGCUGAACAAAGUCAGCUCCACUCUUAGUAUCAGGGACUUCUUUACACAGUUUGUAAACAUUUCAUUGCCCAGAUGAUUUUAAAAAGAAUUCAACACGUUUUCCUGACCUGGAAGUAAAACUGUUAAAUGUUACAUGGUGUUAAUGAAUGGAUUCCAGAACAUUUUCUGUUUAGUAUGCUUGGUUCUGUACAUAUUUGCCAGGCAUUUAUUUCGGAGUGUUUUUACAAAGAGUAUAUAUAGUUAAAUGUAUUGGAAUAGGGUCUGUUUUGUAAAGUAAAAAUAUUUUUAAAACAAGAAAAUGGAAGCUUUCUAAGUUGGAUUGCUUCCCUUUUCUAGUUGUGUAUUGUGUUGUAAAAAUACAGCUGCAAUGUGCUCUACAUUACCAUGUCAAUGAGAUUUCUAAGUUUUCUUUGCUGAAUGGUCCUUGUACAUUAAAACAGCUUCCUCUAUGUGGGAUGUCUGUGCUCCUUGGAUACAAUCUGAUUGCUUCAGGUUUCAGUAAAAAGUGUGUGGCCUAAUUAAUCAAUGUAUAGAACAUGUUCUUAACCGCAGCAUAAGCAUUGUAAGCCCAAUGAAUAUAAGCAGCUCAUGUGAUGCAUAACGUUUAUUUUUUGGUACUGUAAUGUAAAAGUACAUUUCAUUUUAUUUAUGAAGAUGGAAUCUGUUAUUUAAGCCACUGCUGUAACAUUUUUAUGUCCAAGUUAAGACAUGAACUUUUACUGCCAAACCGCUUCCCACAUUAAUUUUUACAUGCAGGUUAAAUCACUGAGGAUGGAAUUUAUUUGUUGCAACUGCUGUAAAUUUUUUUGUACUUAGAGGUUCAAAUGUGAACAUUGACUGCCAGCCUUCGUCUCGCAUUACUUUUUACAUGUAGUUUAAAUCAAGGAAAAGAGUGGCAUUCUGGUUUGCACAUUACUUUUCAACAUACUGUAUAACCUUUCAGAAAUAUAAAUUGUUUAUCUUCAUAAUAAAAGCAUUGUCUGCUUUU